GCUUCCCGCACAGCCUUUUCCCCGCACUGAUGCCAAACUGGCUGACUGGAUAGAGGGGCGCACCCCCAGAGGAUUUAUGAUAACAAUCAUUCAAUACAAAUCAUUCAGACUUGUGUUUUUCCUCAUUGAAGAACUGUCCCAGAGAGCAUGGAGGGUUAUUGGAAAGUAUUUUAUUUCCAUCACCGGUUGUCAGUCAUGUUGGACUCCUGCGUAAAGUGGAGCGCAGCGCACGGGCGCGUGGAUGGACUUCUUGGCUGUGUGUGUGCGUGAGGUGAAACAGGUUUACUAUGGUUUUGGCUUUGAAUUAAACAUGGUCGCGAAUAUCCCGGAGUCCAACUCCAGCGGCAACUUGACUCCCGCAGUGUCCGAGGCAGGGACCGUGCUCCCGGGCUACCUGGUGGUGCUCCUGUCGGUCCUCAUGGUGACUCUGGUUGUCGUGGUGGUGGCGGGAAAUGCACUGGUCAUCAUGGCUUUUGUUGUGGAUAAAACCUUGAGGACUCAAAGCAACUACUUCUUCCUCAACCUGGCCAUAUCUGAUUUCCUCGUGGGUGAGUUGGGGCAUCCUCUCCGUCUCCUUACUCCCUGGUCCAAAUCUUUUGUUUCCCCUUGUGAUUGAGAACCCACUUUUCUGCAUUUCUGCACACGCCCAAACACGGCAGACUUUUCCUUUAAUGUGAUUAUUAAAAUAAAGUGAGUCAGUGGCGCUCACAGUGUGUUAAUGAUGACCUUAGUCUUUCUGCUUCAUCCAUGUGUCACAUUACCACUGAGAGUCACUCAGUUUCAAUCUACCUCCUCUCCCAUUGUGCUGCUGUUAUCUGCAGCCUCAUAUAAAUAAAAUACACCCGCUUCAGAGUGGAACAAUAAGAGAGCAGACUGUUCCCAAAUCUCUUUGUGCACACCGUGCAGGCAUUUUCUGUCUUUAGGUUUGGAGAGGUGUGGAUUUAAACGCACAUGUGAUUGGGUGGUUAAUUUGUGUGUGUUGAAGGUGCUUUCUGCAUCCCUGUGUACAUCCCCUACAACCUGACGGGCCGCUGGAUGCUGGGUAAGGGUCUCUGCAAGGUGUGGCUGGUCAUGGACUACCUGCUCUGCACCGCCUCAGUCUUCAACAUCGUCCUCAUCAGUUAUGACCGCUUCCUGUCAGUCACACGAGCUGUAAGUACAUCGCACACAUAUAGAGUGUAUGUGACACAGUAACACAGGUAAUGUGCAGUGAGGAGUCAUUUGCAUUCACAGCUUUAUUCCCCUAACAGGCGUCUGGUUUGAAUCUAUACUGUCAGUCUGAACCAUCUGCUUCAUUUGUUACAUAAAGAUUUUCAAUACAAACAUGAGCAGCUGCUUUACAGACAAUUUUAAUGAAGUUGAAGAGAAACACCUACAACUUUAACAUGAAAGAGGUAAUUUGUAGUGCACAAAUUGUGAGACCCUGAUAUGAAUCUGAGAUGUUUUUUGAAACCUUGAACUUGUUUCUUAUUGCCUGGUUGUCAAAUACUUGAUUCAGGUUUGCCAAAUAACCAUAAUAAAGAUCAGUAAUUCUGGAUAUUAAGAACAACUUAAUCAGACACAUCAUAUCAAAUGAAUUCGUGGAGAGGAGUCCUACAGAGGAAUCCCUCUGCCUUUUGACUCUGUGGCACAAAUGUCAGUUUUGUCUUAGCGUGCUAAAUUGGUGGAAAAACAUUAUAAAAUGUACAAGUGGAUGUCUUUUCUUCACCGACAGAAGGGCUGAGAGAGUGAGCAUUUCAAUCCAGAAUCUGACCUCCAGACACCGCUUAAUAUUCCCUAUUAUUACACUCUGUACUGGGGGUUGACACCAAUAUAAACUUGCCAAUUCUGGCAAGUUGCGCUGUAAUGCUAGUCAAGUUUAAUUUACAUUAAUGGUUUGCAGGUUUUCCAUAUGAAGGCGUGUCCUAAACCUCAUGACACUGUUAAGAGGAGAGAGGAUCAAGGUGAGAAGAAGGAAAUCAGAUGACUGAUGGGCCAAGAUAUAGAGCAGAAGUCUUUCAAUUGAUGGACAUAUCUCUGCAUCUAAUAUCACACUCUGAGUUCCUGAGACAUAGUACAAAUAGGCUGUGUGUAGUUGAUAAUGAAUUUAACUCAUUAAGUGCCGAUGACAGACUUGGACAGAUUUUUUUAGUAGCCCUGAGUGCCAAUGACGGAUUUUUCAGUUUUUUUGUUUUCCGCCAGAGGGCGCUCCUCCCAAACAUGCGACUCAGUUUUGGGUCAUUCUGAAAGCAGAAAAGCCGACAAAUACGUCAUAACCAUAUGGAGUAACAAAAACAAGUAUUCACUUGUGAUAACUGUGCCAUCAAGUGUGCCAAUUAGCCUAGUUGUGGAGUGUUUUUUCUCUAUCAGGAGAGUAGAAAAAUGCCAAAGUCUUAGCCAAGAGCAAAUGGUCUCUUGGUGCAUCAGCUACCGUCUCUGGAUCCAGUGGAGAUUCCGGUACAGGACCUUCACAUUGUCAGAAACAAUUUUCCGGUGUGUCGUUGUGCCACUGAUGCCGGUACUGUUGAGCGAGACUGAGCCAGAAUUCACCGACAGUCCCGGGGAGUAGGACACGGGCAAGCUGUGUGGUUUAUGUCACGGCAUCACUACAGUUAAAUUACGACUCUCAGCCAUCACAAAAUGACCUAUCACAAUCGGAUCUGAGUGAUGUCUGAGAAGGGAGGACCUUAAUGCCACCAGUAAAGUAAGAAUAAGAACAAGAAUAAGAAUAACUUUAUUUAUCCCCGAAGGGAAAUUCAAGUUUGAUGUGAAAUAGUUGAUCAGAGUUCUGCCUGAAAGUCACUUCUUUGUAAAAAUGUGUUUUUCCCAGGUUUCUUUUUCCAGAUUGGCAAAGAUGAUAUGACCACACUGCAUUGAGCAGGCAUUAACUAAACACAGGAGUGGGUUAGAGACUAACUUUUUUUCUAGCGAAAGAAGACACUCACCCUUUUCUUUUCAGAUAUUGCACUUCAUUCUAGAUAAAACAAGAUAUUCUGUGGGUCCUGAAAGAUACUGAAAUUUCUAUUGUGGUCAAUGGUGCCCCUGGGUGAAAACUGCAUUAAUGAACCUGGCGCUGAAUGAGUUAAUAAUGAUACUGGUAAAAAAUAUUCUCUUUGGUUCUAAGCAGGACACAGAUUGAACAGACUGAAGGUUAUCUUGUGCAGGCGUUCAUUCAACAAACAUAUGGAAAGAAAAGUUACUGUUUCUUAUUUCAAUGAAUUACUUGCACAAUCUGCCAACACAAGUAGCAGCUGACAGCUCAUAACAAUUCAUAAGUACAAUUAUUGCUUUUGUAGAAAACCCAGACAGAAGGAAAAAAAAACCCAGAAAAACAGCUGAUACAGCAGGGAUCAGCUGACAGUGUCAUUUCAAAGGACAUUGCUUUACAAGGUGCACAUUUUUAUGUAGUUUCUCUUCCUCAUUGUAAUGUUCUUUUAUAUCUGGCUUCACUUUGGCAAUUAAAUGACUUCUCUAGUGAGAGCUAUUUUUUCAUUAAAUGUAAAUUUGCCAUCAUUGUUAAAACACUGAAAUGUUCAUUAGACCGACUAAUGUGCAUUUACUUAUGAUACAUUAUAUUUUAUAAUUAUACACAUGGAUAAAGUAUCUGUGCAACACUGUAAUGAUAGUUGUUAGAGUGGACAGUGAAGACAGAGAGGGUAAAUGGUAAGAAAUCAGGAAAAAAAUCUUCUGCCUGAUUUUAAGAAACUAGAAGAAACUGCUGAACGGAAACUUUUGUACCAGCAAGACAGUAAAAAGGUGAUCUGGUACAGGCAGCCAGAUUGUAAUGUCAGUGAAACUGCAUGUUCAACAUCUCUCAAUAUUAGUUUUCCCCCAGUUGAUCAGGACAAAAUUGAAAGAAAAUUUCACCUCUAUGCAGGGUAGUAGUAGGACUCAUUUUUAGCCUGCAGUUUAGACCAGCCCAAUUUAGUUCACAGCCUUUAUUGAAGUUAUAUAAUUUUAGUGUUACCAAAAGCAUAUCACAAAUAUAUGAAUUGGCAGUGUUUAAUAUUGUUAUAUGAAGUUGUUAUAAUUGAAAAGUCAGAGUUAUGAGAUGUGUCAUAUAUACGUGAGGUCGGCGCCUGGUCUGAGAAUUUAAUUUUUUUUUUCAGCAAUCAAAUGAUCCAUGCUGAACAGAGGGCUCUGUUGAGGGAAUAGAGGAAAUGACAGUGAAAGACAAAAACUCAUCUUACAGGUAAAAGUUAGAAAACUUGUUGAGGAUGUUUGUUCAUGCAGAGUGCUGCUCUCUCGCUCUCUCUCUAAUUAAGUCAUUGUGGAUCUCCCAUAGGCAAAGCUUCUCAGGCAAGUUCUUUGAAAGUAACCUUCAUAAUUUCUAAUGUAGAAUAAUAAAAUGAAAUGGUUUUAACUUCUGCUGUUAAAAGGUGUGAUCAGUAUUUAACUCCUCUCUUGGCUCCAAGGUGUUGUUUUUGUUGUGUGUAUUGAAGACAAAAACAAUGGACAUUCUCAACUGGGAUUUAGUUUUAUUGAAUUUUUUAAAAUACUUUAAACCACAUUCAGUCAUCAUGCUUUUUUUGCAGGAUUAUUUGUUUUGUGUUUCAGUUAACAAAAGUGUUUUUCACUUAUUGGUUUAGUAAUUUUGUUGGUUUUCAUCCUCGAUUAUCCUCCUCACCUUUUUUUUCCGACUGAAUGUACACUGCUAUAUGGCUCUGGGAGAAUUCACUGCCUUGUAAAACACUACUUGAAUAAUGUAAAGGCUACUUAUACCUUCCCCUAGAAAGUGCAGUUUGUUGUCUGUGACUCUAAACUUAUGGUAAACGUUUCAUUAUGGAAAUUAACGUGGAAACAGCGAUAAAAAGCAGUGCCAGUGGGCGAUGUCAAUACUAAUAGUAUUGACAUGGUAUAUGUCAAUAUGCUAUAUCAUGCAGAUAUCAUGCAGUUGUUUUCUCGUUAUAAUAUAGCAUACAAAUGAGAGGCAGUAUUGCUGAAUUUAGGUGAAUGUCUGAUUGAAUUAAAGUAGACAUAAAAAUAUGUGGCUCAGCAAAAUGUUACCACUAAGGACUUUUGGAUUUCUGCAAAUUAGUAAAUUAGCAAAUCUGAAAUUAGUAAGGAGGAAAAAAAUAUACAGGUAAAUAUUAUUAUUAUUUUCAUUAUCAGAUUGCACUACUGUAUACACCAUGGUUGUCCAAAUUUAUUUUAAACGCUAGUGAUUCUUUAAUUUGAUACACUGUAAAAUGUAAUUUUAAUUCUGAAAAGAUAAUGGUGAUACCGGCUCAUGAGGACUGAUGCCAAUAUGAAGAUGAUUACAUCACGAUGUCGCCAAUCGGCCUAAUUAAUCGGUCUAUCUUUAAUGAAAACCAAGCUCUUUUUCUGUGACUCCGAAUAUUUAUGAUGUGACAUGGGUGUGCUAACAACAAAUAAUAAAUACUGUGAAAUGCUUUGACACCUCUACAGCUCUGCAUGUCUGUAAACACUUGUAAAUGGUUAUAUUAACAGAGGUCUCUUUUGCCCUCUCCAACUCAGUGCAGUUGGUUGGUACUGAAGCCUCUAGUGUGCAGUCAUUUCAAAGAUUAAGUGAAUGAAGAAAUUAAAAUUUAACUUGUUUGGUUAGUGCUUUUGUUUAUUGUUCGUUAAGGCUGGUGAAGGUGUUGAUAAAGGUUGAGGUCGGUGAAGGUUAUUAGGUUUGUAAGGCGUUUCAGAGCUUGCAUUUGAUAGAUGUUUUGUACACAGUACCCAAAACACAGUGUGCUGUGUAGUCUGGAUUUAAAUUAAGCUUUUUUAUACUCAAGUUAUUAAAGGAGUUGUUUCAGACCUAGUUAGUAGGAAUAGUGGAGAUGUGAUGGACUUAGAUCAGAUGCCUAAUUUUAUCUUUAAGGAGUGAAAAUUAGUGUCAGCUGUUCUGCACUCCAGCUCAAAUAUGUGAAAGUGCUGAAAUGAAUGAUGUAGGGAUAGCUGUCAUUAUGCAUAUUGCAUAUUGAUCCAUUACUGAUCUAACCAAUAGAACAUUAAACUGUGAGGUCCUUGAUGAUACACAGCCGUACUUUUCACAGUGCAGUACAAAACAGUGUCUUUCUUUUUUUUGCCUCUUGUUACUGAUUGGGUGAAAGCUCUAACACACCCACCGAAAAAAAGAAAAGAUUUUGGGGAACAUGUUGUCCAAGCAGGAAGCCUGAGCAAAGUGGUGCACAGUCUUAUACAACUGAGUUCACACCGGGCUUCAGGAUUCAGGAGGCUGAAAGGGUUUAAUUACACCUGUCAUCGAGGGGCAUUAUGGGAAUUGCAGGAUUCUGUCUCCUGUGAGUCCCCCAAAUUUAGAGAAAUGAAGCGCAAAUGAAUAUCUUUUAAAUAAAACCCACUGACAGGUAUUUUAUCCCCAGCAGGUUUCGUGACUCAGUCUUGAGUUAGUUGUAUAACAAUGUAUGGUCAGUAUUAGUCAUCCAUUCAAACAUAUUUCCCUCAAGAUUAAACAGACCUAAAUAAUGCCCCUGAAAACCUGUUCAUCUGUGCUGAUUUGUUUCCAUGUGGAGCUGUUUCAUCCUGUUGCUGCAUGAGUGUUUUUUUUGAUGUGCCAGACUUUCCAGACACCACAUGAUACCAUCUCUUUGCUUUUGGAUGUUAGUUUGAUCUCAGGGGCUUGGUGGGAAAUUAAAUUCAUUUAUUUAUACAUUUUCACUCUGUGGAGAGCAGGAAUGGUCUCAUUUAAAAGUAAAAUGAAUCUGAUUUCUUUUUUUUUGCUUUGCCCAUGACAGCACUUGAGGCUGUGCCAGAAUCAGUUAUUAGCAUCAUGAAGUGCCUCCAUUUGAUUGUUUAUUGACUCAAAGGAGGGGAUGCUUUUUUUUCCCCACUAAGUUGCACUUAAAUUGCUGUCACAUGAGGAGCAUCUUUGUCUUCCCGCUGCUGCAGCAGAGAUAUCAGGCAAAGAUGAGACAGAAAACGAAAACAGAAAUAGAGAGUGACAGUGAUUUUCUGACAGACUGGUUGAGACGGAGGGAAGCUGAAGUGAAAAUAGAGCGACGGAAAAGAGAAUGAGCACCGAGGACGUGAGGACGGGGGAGGAAAGGAAAGGGAGAAACCAGAUGUCUCUUUCACACUCUUGUGUUGCAUCGGUGAAUGUGGCUCCCAUCCUGAUAUUCUCCUCCUUUAUCUCCAUGUCUCUCGCUCCCUGGCUUCAGUAACUGGCAGGAACAAGGGCCUCAUGAGUGGGUUUUAUUUGCAGCAUCUCUGCGCUGCUCAGAAGCUGCACAAUUCUGACAGGCUGCAUUUGGACAAAGAGUUGAGAUGUUUGUACGCCCGCAGCUGCAGCAGGUUAAAACAGACACACUGGCUACAUCUUAUACCCUGAAGUUUUUCACUUGCAUCCCUCACUUGCACUGUUUACUUGCAUCCUCGUCCCCCACCAGAGUUGCAUAGAGAGAUUGAUGGAAAUGAGAGGAGGAGAGAGUGAACAAGGAAACUUGUAUUAAGAGACAUGAGAAGUGUCCUCUGCAAUGGGCAUUUUGGGUGACGGGGUCAGCUGUCAGUCAGCUUUAACAGCUGUUUGUAUCUGCCGACAGGUGCAUUGAAAUAAGUCAAAUAAAAGUAAACAGUAACAACAUUUUGUCUCUUUGUGUUGAAGAACAAUCUGCACUUUGUCUAUUCUGACUCAACCAACAUGGAUUAUUUUUCUGUUAAAAUGCAUCAUUAUUUGAUGAUUACCUGCCUUUACUUAUAAUCAGUGUAUAUGAUAAUGAACUCUGCAUCUUACCGACACGAAUCAAUCUUUUUUUUUUUUUUUUAAUAUAGCACCAAAUCACAACAGUCAUUAUCCCCAGAUGCUUUCUAAAAGAACAGGUCUAGACCUAACUCAUUGUUCGAUGAAAUACUCUUGUGAUUUCUCAGGAACUCUGGAAAUUAUUCAUUAGAUGUGAAGUCUGGGCAAAAAUUUAAAUCAUGAAACACAAUCUGGCACUAAUUAAUGAUCAGUGAAAUAAAAAUAAAAAAAACUUUAUUUCUAUCACAGUAAAUGUUAAGAAUUUGUAAUUAUGCUUUGCUGACAAAAUUCAACCCUCACAAAUAAGUGAUUGAAGCAAGUAAGGCGUAGGAUGUAUCAGGAAUAUGUGUCUUUCUUGUGUGUAAGUCUUGAGUUACUUAUUGACAUUAUGGGGCAAAAACUUGUGUCUGAGUCUCUACAUUGACUUUAAGGCAUUUAAGCUACUGAAGUAAAUACUUUAAUUAGCAAACACAAUGCAAUUCUCGUCCUGGAGUAAAAGAGAAUCAAAUAUAAAAUUAUCAGUCCCUGAUCCUGAGUUAUGAUACUAUGUGACUAUUUUGUUCGAUGAUGGAUCUAGAGAAACAUUGAGAUAUAAACAACAGGAGUAAUCCUCUGUUUUGUUGAUAUUAUGACACUCAUGCUCAUUGUUUUGUGCUUAAUCCUCAAGUUUUUAAAUCUUUAUUCAUCACAUGGCAGUAGUUUCAGUGUGUGAAAAGACUUGUGCAAAGGCUGAACUUUUCUCUGAUUUUCCUCCUCUCUCCUCAAUCCUCUCUUCAAUGAGCUGUAUUGAAAGAUUUGGAGCACCACUUUGCGCGGCGGGUCCAUAAAUACACCUGGUUAAAUACUCUCUGUGAGUCAACCACCUGUCUCUCUUCCCACACAGGUAAAAUACAGAGCGCAGAGAAACAUGACCCGUCAGGCUGUGUGCAAGAUGGUGGCAGUGUGGGUGCUUGCCUUCCUCCUCUACGGCCCUGCCAUCAUCUUCUGGGAGACAAUCAGAGGACACAGCGUCGUCCCGACUCACGAGUGCUUUGCUGAGUUUUACUUCACCUGGUACUUCCUGCUCAGUGCCUCCACUUUCGAGUUCUUCACACCGUUUGUGUCUGUGGCUUUCUUCAACUUAAGCAUUUACCUGAACAUCCACCGCAGGAAUAAGAACGGGGGGGCCUGUCCGGAGGAGGACACAAAGGUGCCAAGGAUCAGUAAGAAGCACAAAGACGGGACAGGCUGGUCUGUGUUUUUUGUGAAGACAAGGAAGGUGUCAUGCAGUGAGCCAGCUGCUAUCUCUCCAGUAAUCGAGGACGAGGAUGUUGUGUCCUCCAGUGGGGCCCCGACCACUAGUCAGGUCUUCACACAGAGGGAGAAAUUAUCUCCCAACAGGAAGAACUCACGGCUGUUUCAGCAUUCAGCCUCCUGCAUGGUGCCACCAGGACGCAGGACACAGGGGUCUCGCCUUACACGGGACAAAAAGAUAGCUAAAUCUCUGGCCAUUAUAGUCUGUAUUUUUGGGAUUUGUUGGGCUCCUUACACUCUGCUGAUGAUUAUCCGUGCGGCCUGCAGCGGUAAAUGUGUGCCAAACUACUGGUAUGAGAUUACAUUCUGGCUCCUGUGGCUGAACUCGGCCAUCAACCCGAUUCUGUACCCGCUGUGCCACAGCAGCUUCCGAAGGGCUUUCUCUAAAAUACUGUGUCCAAAAAGACAAUCAGUCCAGCCUCAGAUCGAGGCUCAGUCCUGUUAGAGGAACUCUGAUGCACUUCCACGUUUUACGAAUGCAGACACUGCUGUUGGUCAAACACUGUAAAAACCAUCUCCUGUUCUUCCAUCACAAAUAACUACUUUAAAAAAGAAAAAACAUGUUGCAGUGAAGAAUAACCGAAUAAUUUUUAAACCUGGGCUCUGAGUUUUAAAAAACAUGCUGUUGAAACUGAUAAGAGAUGCGAAAAUAUUUGGAUUUGCUCCGGUAGAAUAGCAAAGCAGCAGUGUGUUAUGGGUGGAACGAAACACUCAAGGUCCCAAAUGAAGCUAAUUAGAGAAGGUUUCUUUUCUGACAUACAUAUUUUUUUUCAAAAGGCUGGAUAUUCAGUCUAAUCUUCAUCAAAGAUUUAGAUGAGUAGAUAAAUAGUCUUCAGGCUGCUCUGAACUAGUGAUCGACCGAUAUCAGUUUAUCCUCAGCCAGUGCUGAUACUGAGAGCAGCUCUUAUAGAGCCAAUAUAAUAAGGCUGAUAUCACUUAUCUUUUUUGAAGCUGAUAAAAACAACAAUUUAAAAUGACUAAUGAGGGACACUCACUCUUGAAUUUUGCCACUAUGCCAAUAUUUUCAAACCCAUUAUGGCUAAAACUGAUAUCGAUUUGAAUAUACACACCUUUUUUCUUAUUUAUUUAUUUUUUACUGCCUUUAUUACUUUUACAUAUUGACCACAAUAUUAAACACUAAUGUCCAUACAGAAUGCUUUUUUUCUAAACAAUAAGAACAAGAAGAACACAAAAAUACAAACAAACAACUAAACCCCCCACCUGCACCCCUCCCUUGGCACAUAUCCCCUUAAGUAAAAUAAAAUUAAUAAAACAAGGUUAAAAAUAAUACAAAGAAAGUGAAAUAUUGCAGGGUUAAUCAAUCAAGAUUCUCAGCCCAGAUUAAAAUGAUAUUCUGUACUUUGGACAUAUAUCAAUAACAGGUUCCAAGUUUUACCAAAGGUCCUCUCAGAUCCAGACAGAGUCAUCAUGAAUUUUUCCAUACACACCACUUUUUUGAGAGUGAAAGCAAAGGUUUUCCUUUAACUCUUAUUGUGAAAGUCUAUUUGUUUAAAAAAAAAAAAAAAAAAAACAGACUAAAAACAAGACAAGCAACAUUUGAUUCUACCAUAAAUGAUAAUUGUUUUUUUAUUUUUUAUUUUUUUAAUAUAGGUAUUCAAUAACACAUUUUCUGUCUUUCCAACACUUAAAAUACUUCCAUACAGCCAACAAGCGUAAGCUAUAAAAGUGUACAUAAUUAACGCAUCACCUUUUAGGCUUUCAAUUACACUGGCAAAAAUGUUCAUAUCUGAUGAUACAGCAUCUUUCAAGAACAAAUGUCACAAAGUGCUUCACAAUAGUGAAUAGAAACAACAAGACAAAACAAUGAGAAAAAAAAGCAGACGAACAUAUUAAUGCAAGUCUGAACCAAUGGGACUUCAACAUACAGUAUCCACAGUUCUUGGUUCCGGUGAAAAGCACAAAGCCUUUUCAAAGUUUAUGAGCAACAACCUUAAAAGCACAGUCUCCUAUAGUUUUGUCUUGUCUGAGAAACAACUAGUAAAGCCUGAACAGAGGAACUCAGAGUCCUGGUUGAGUGAAAUGGCUUCAGCAGGUCUGAAGUAUAAGAUGAAGCUAAACCAUGCAAUGCUUUGUACACUGUAACGUGAGUUUUAAACUGGAUUCUGAAUUCAUUUGAAAGCCAGUGCCAAAUCUGAUGAUAGGAUGGUGUUUCCAAGAGCUUAGUUGCAGCAUUUUAGACAAUUUACCAAAGAAGUGUUUCUGAGACAGCUGAAUAAAGAGUCACAAAAAUCUUACUGAGAUAAAACACAAUAGCAUGGUUUUUUGAAACUGUGGGGGAAACUGUAAAAGGAAACACUUUCAACCAAGGUUCACUUUACGGUGGCUGACAGUUCAGGUAAUCUACUGGAGCUAUCACAUAUUAGAGCCCUGGUUUAAAAAGAUCAGCAUUGCUGUUUAAAGUGAGCUGCGUAAAGAUGAUCAUGUCUAAUAGCAAUAUGACACUUCAGUAUGAAAAUUGAGAGUGGAAAAAAAACUGCCCUGAAACUUUUGAUAAUAGCUAAUGAUAAUGAUCGUUAAAGUUUAAUGACAGGGUGGAGACACAGAGGCUCAGAGCACCUUUUAAAGUAGAGAUAAUUGCACCUUGAUUACAGCGGAUGUCAGAUAUCUCAAAACCUAUUCUUGCCUCCACAGAUCUCUGAAAGCAGGACAGUAAGUCGUGAUUUUGUUUUCAGCUUUCUCACCACUUUGAUCCAAUGCCCUGUGUAACAAAGACUUCAGCAGCCAGACAGAUCUGGAUAACCAUAAUUUCAUCUUUGAUAUUAUUCACAAACUGCAGCAUGCUGUCAGUCUGGAAAAGCACAGCGCAGAGAAACAAUCAUGUUCACAGGAAAACCCUUAAAAUACUAUUUAGAAGCAGCGGGUGUGAAGGAAGGAUUUCAUGGUCUGUUAUGAUUUUAUAAUGUAUCACAACCUCUCAGCCUGCACAUAAAAAAAAACCUUUCACUUAAGAGUUUUAAAAAACAUCCCUGAAGAAGCAGGAGAAGAAAGCCUACGUCUUCAAAAAUAAAUUUCAUGCCUCUCAUAAUGCAGCAAUAGGACAAUGAAUGUGGUGUCCUUAAAGUUUAAAGCACCUGAAAAGAAGAGAAUAACCUGUUGGUUACUGAGCACUCAGUAAACUUUAUCAUACUGAUGUUUUAUUUAUCUUAUCUAAAAAGUGGGCUAAAAGGCAACACUGAACCUGCACUUACUCUCUAAAGAUGUCUCAAAUGUAAAGCACUAUGACAUGAGAGCAGCAUUAAAAGUUUUGUAUAAAAUAUCUAUGCUAAAUCUCAUGCUUGUGUUCUUUAAGUGGUGUAUUUAUUCAAAGACUUGACCGUUUUUUACCACCUUAACUACUUGACUGCUUCAUAUCUUGGCUAUGGAUGUGUGUACGUGUAAACAGCCAAAGAAGGAAUAAAAGAAGACUGCCAACAGCCUUCUUACCUGGACAUGUUAUUGGUGACAUUUUAACACAGUUGGUACAGGUGGUAGUUCCACAUGACAAGAUUCUUCAAUACUUCAUCUAGCCACACCUCACACGAGUAUAGCCCCUUAAAGGUAAAAGUCCCACCAUGUAGGUGAGCAUCAGCUUUUAUCCUACAGUGACCUUCAGAGCACAUGAGGUCAUCAGGUAUGUUGUAUAAAAGAGUGAGAAAGUCCACAAGGGGAGGAGGUUGGCAAACACAAGACUUACAAUCUGGGUGUGGUUGCUCAAAAGGUUUCCUCUAGAUUAAAUAACCUGGAUGUUUAAAUCCUGUUUUAUUGUGCCUUAUUAUAUCUUGUUUAUACCAGAAAAACUGAGGUAGAUCAACCUGAUCCAGAUACAGACUUAAAAGAUGCCUAAAUCUGGGUUACUUGAACUCUAGAUAGGACUGCAUAUUUGUUCACAGGGGGUACCAAAAUAAACAAACUGAAAGACCCUCACAACUACUGUGAAUUAACAUCUAAUGUUUUGAUAUUAAUAGUUAUUUGAUGAAACAAUUGAUCUUUGUCUUGGUUGCAAAAAUAUAUAUUGUUGUAAGUAUCAGCAUUAUUAUAAAGAUGUUGUUCUGUUUGGUCAUGAAA